CAGAUAAUUCGGACAAAAUGUUGCCCCCAAAAAAAAUCUGUGAAACCCGGGCGGGACUACCACUCGUACUAGUAGUUACCUGCCAAAAAGCGCGCUCGAAAUUCCCUCAAGAUAACCCACCAAUGAACAGCACAGACUCCGGCGGUCCAUCGGCCAUCUUUCAUGAGCCGAGGGGCUUUGGAGAGGCGUUUUCCCCCGCCGUCGUCCGUGUUCCUUCUUAUCGCGGGCUCCGUCUGGCAAUUCAGUCUUGAGGUUUUCCCAUUUGGCUGGUACAGGAGAGACCGGCAUCUUGUGCCGCAUCUAGACGAAUGCGAUGGAACAUUUAGAUUGUGGUACCUCGUACGGGCGGAUGGUCCGAGUCUCCCCAGCUGUGUGUACCCACAUCACAUCAGAUUAGAUCCAUCACCACAACAAAAAAAAAAAAUUACGACUACGCAUCUCCUAGAUGAGGCCAAGUACCUCAUUCCGCUGAUGACAGGGCUCG